AUGGCUGGACCAGCGCUGCGAGCAGAAUUGGACAAUGAGCAACGAUCCAAGGAUACAGACAGACAGACCUGUCAGAUCUGGCACCCUGGUUGUAACUUGCCAGAAACAGCAGUUCUGCACCGUAUCCGCGAAGGAAGGGGACCGCGCGAUAGCGUGGCUAAAGAUAUCCUCGCUGUCCUUCGCGACAAAACAAGCUCAACAUAUAAUACAGAGUCAUACAGCGACAUGAGAAAGAUCCUACUUGCAUGGAAUAGGCGCAUAAAUGGAGGAUUCGACAACGAUGCAGAUGCACGAGAGCUGUUGAGGCUUGCCGUCGACCGGCGUGCACACCUGCUGAAGGCUCCUGCUCGUGGCUCUGAUAAAAGCCAGUUCCUCAAAGAUUCCUCUGCGGAAAUGCUGCAAGCACUUACAGCACUGAGGCCGGAGAUUGCAGACUUCAAGAACCAGGAUUUUCUUGACAUCUUGUUGACGAUGUGGGCGAACGUCCUAAUUGCGACGCCAGGCUUAGAUGAUGACUUGAAACUACUGACAAUGAAAGCGCUGAUCAACGAGUUAGAGUCGAAAUCGCAUACGUCCAAUGCUGUGAAGCUGUCCGGAAUUGCACGCUCGUUGAGCGUAGCACGUCUGCAACUGGAUUCUGCUGAAGUUGAACGUUUGGAGAAGAAGAUGCAGGCUUUCGAGAGCAAGUUGCGCGAGACUGUGGUCAAAAGGGCGAUCGACAAGAUCAAGGCUGGCCGUCGGAAACUGACAGCAGUCAAAUUGGGGGAGCUGCAAGAGCUGACAGAACUUCAAGCAGCGCAAAAGUGGGCAACUCAUGCUGCUCUAAGAGGUGAUCAGCAAAGGCGAAUACAAAUCACAGCCUGCGAUCAGAUGGACGGUAGGCUGCAGCGAGUCCUGCAGCACCGGGGUCCAGGUCUGGACGCUCACAUCCACGCCGUUCAGAGCAACGCAAAUGCGCUCGCUGGUAUGAGCGUCAGUCUACUCUCACGGGCUACGGAAGCGGGUUUCUCUCUGGAGAAUCAAAGCUCAUCGAUGUCGAUCGAGCUGGGGAACGUUGACGUGAAAGCUUAUGUGACUGGCGGCAUUGCCGACAUUCUUAAUGCACGAGAACAGGCUGCCAAGAUGCUUGCUCAGAUGGACACAGUCAACAGUCAUCUCGAAGUAAUGCUGGAUGCGGCUAAAAGCAAGUAUCGUGCGUGUGAUGAAGUCUUGCGCUUGGUCGAACAAGCAGACAACAAGUACAACGAGGAGGUUCAGCGUGUCGAGAAGUUGGGAUUCGGGCUUCCUCGAGAGACCAUCCUGCUAAUGUGCAGAAACGCGCAGAGGGCCAAAUAA